AUGAGUUUGAUAACAGGAUCCCCCAAAGAUACCUGGCAACCAGUCAUGACUGCCAAUACAACAAUUGCCAGUUACUGGCUAAACUGGAGGUUCUUUAUCUGUGCCAUUUGGGUCUUAAUCUUGAUGACUAUUGCAUCAACUUUCAUUUGGAAAAAUGAACGUCGUUGCGAAAUCGAACGUGAUGGUGGAGAGAACAAGCAAGAAGCAGAAGCAUCUUUGUAUGAUGAUGAAACUUGGAGGCCAUGCCUUAAAGGACUCCACCCUGCCUGGUUGCUAGCUUUCAGACUUUUUGCUUUCUUUGUGCUGUCGUUGCUGCUCAUUGUUGCUGUAUUUGUGGAUGGAGGCAGCAUAUUUUACUACUAUACCCAGUGGACUUUUACUUCAGUCACAAUUUAUUUUGGGCUUGGCUCCUUACUCUCCAUAAGGGGAUGCUACCAAUAUCACAAAAGGGUUGGUGGUGACAAGGUUGGUAAUGUAGAGGCAGAUGCAGAGCAAGGAAUUUGUGUAACUCCAGCAGUUGGGCGAAGUUCUAAUACUUCCACGGCAAUGAAGAGCACAAACUCCCACGAAAGACUUGAUGUUCGCCAAUCCGCAGGGAAAUGGGCUUUCAUCUUUCAAAUCAUUUUUCAGAUGAAUGCAGGGGCUGUUAUGCUCACAGACUGUGUCUUUUGGUUCAUCAUUGUCCCGUUUCUUGCAAUCAAAGAUUACCACCUAAAUCCUUUGAUUAUCAGCAUGCACUCACUCAAUGCUGUUUUCCUACUUGGUGAUACUGCUUUAAAUUGCUUGAGGUUUCCUUGGUUCCGGAUCGCGUAUUUCUUCAUUUGGACAAUAGUAUAUGUCCUAUUCCAGUGGAUUGUCCAUGCCGCUCUCAGAAUCUGGUGGCCAUAUCCAUUCCUUGACUUGUCAUCUCCAUAUGCUCCAUUAUGGUACUUCUCGGUGGCAGUGAUGCACUUCCCCUGCUAUGGUGUUUUCGCUGUUAUUUUAAAGCUGAAACACGCAGCGCUUUCGAGAUGGUUCCCGGAGUCCUAUCAAUGUCUGAGGUAG